CCUCUUCUAAUGCAGGCUUUUCGAAACUAUGGCUCUAUCCGUGAGGCGCCGGGUUCGUCUUCUGGGGCUCAAGCCCCGAUUCCGUCUAUUUCGCUUCAUGAAGAACCGACCAUCGGCUCCGUCCAAAAUGACGAUGGUUACUUCGGCAUAGAGGGGCUUCAGGACCACCAGCCUGAAGAGUUAGCUCGGGUCUCUUACGCCCAACUAAUCCGAAGUUACAGCCUGGUGCCGAUCUGUUCACUCCUUUUUCUUAUCCUCAUGGCCUUAAUACCGACACUCUGGGAAGGACCCAUGCAGAAAGGUCGCUCUCCUUCCGUGUUCAAUAUGAUGGUCGCAUUUGCAGCUUGGGUGAUUUCCUACGGAUUUAAGACCCCGUCGCAUAACCUCGCAACUGGUUUUGGCCGAUGGGUGACGGAUACAUCUGUGGCUCUUGGUGUCCUGAUCUCCACAAUACUCCAAGAAGCAACGCGACUAUUUGGGCUAGUCAUAUCGAGCCUUACAUUUGCGCUUGACGUUAACAAUGGGAAUCAAAGUCUCCCUCUCAACACAGAUUCCCCCCUGUUCCGCCAGGUCUGGUGGUAUGCGCUCGGAUGGGCAGCAGGUAUAGAACUAUAUGGUAUCGCGCAAGGAUACUUCCAGUUAGUUGCGUACAAGGAUGUGCUGGAAGAAGAUGCGCCUUCGGACGAGGAGUCGGACCUGAUGGGAGAAACUAUGACUACCCGAUCUGAAGGGCGUCGCUAUAUUUCCUCCGUGCUCAAAUCACCUCCCGAAGAAAACAAUCCGGAACAAAAUACUCAGGCGGCACUCACGAGGCUCAGUGUUGCAUUUCCAAGCACGGGAACUCCUAUGUCUGCAUAUCUCGACGAGGAAAUGGCCCGAUUGUUAGCCAUACGCACUCGAGCCGAGCUUGAACAAGUAUAUGGCAUCCCCCCUCCCGUGCGUUCCACCUCAUUUUUACAAUAUAAACGAUUGAUAGCAACAUCACCCACUAGAACAUACCCGUGUUUGUUUCUUGUCUCCAAAGACUCGAUUCCAUCCUCUACGCAUUCGGCCUUACACUCAUCCUCUCCCACCGUUACCUUACUGAGCUGAUAUCAACCCAACAACGAAC